UAUCGUACACAAAAUGGCGGACACUUCGACACUGGUUGAUUUCUUUCAGUCAGAGUGGUUUCAAAACACAGCAGGUCUCAGUACUGUGUUGGUCGUUGCCUACUUUGGAACCGGAUUUCUUUUCUUGAUUCCGGAUCUGACUGGAAAACCAAAAUGGGUGCUCAAGUUUAAGACGCAAUCGCCAGACAAUUUCAAGGUGACAGGAAAUGACGUCAUGAAGGUUCUCCGCCAGUUGACUAUCAAUUCCCUGUUGAUCCAUCUGCCCUUUAUGUUUAUCUACUAUCACCUCCAGGUGUUGAGGGGCUGUGAUCAGACCCUCAAGGUCCCAGAACCUCUGUCAUUGGUCAGAGAUAUCACUCUUUGUGUCCUCCUAGAGGAAGUGACGUUCUACUAUUCUCACCGAAUUCUCCAUUCCCCGUUCAUGUACAAACGAUAUCAUAAGCUACAUCAUGACUUCACGGCGCCAUUUGGCCUCGUUUCCGCCUACUCGCAUCCUGUAGAGUUCAUGUUCUCCAACCUCGGCACCGUGAUGACGGGUCCCCUCGUGGUCGGAUGUGACGUAGUAACUUCCGGUGUGUGGCUCUUCCUGUCCGUCGUGGUGACAGUCAUACAUCAUAGUGGCUACCAUCUACCUUUGUUACCGUCACCAGAGUUCCACGACUAUCAUCAUUUGAAAUUUACCGGUAAUUACGGGGUCCUAGGUAUCCUAGACUGGCUGCAUGGCACAGACAAGCACUUCCGAAAAAGUAAACAAAGCAGACGACACAAAGUCAUUUUCUCUGCGCGGGAACUAAUUGGCUAAGGGCAGGGACGUACAUGUUUUCCUAAUGAGGCUGAUUAUGAGAUUAUCUUCCUGGUAUCAAAUAUGCUCCAAACGGACCCAUUUUACCGGUUGUCUUAAUUAUAAGACUUUAUCGUUUAAGGUUAUGCGUUUGAUUAUUACUGGACUCAUUUAAGGCGCAUAUACGUGUAUAUUGGUGAUUAUAUACAUUGUGGAUGAAACAUCUCAUCAAUUUUCUAGUCAGUCCCAUUUUAUAUGUUGUGGAAACAUUCAAACAUGUCACAUUACUGACUCUUGAUGCAUCCUAAGGUCUUCUGGGGAUUCUGAUAAAAAAAACAACAACUGUUUAUGUGUUAGCCCGAGUUUCCUCUGACCCUGACACCAGACUUAGACAUUCUGAGAGCUAGAUGUCUAGUGUCAGGGCAUGAGGAAACUUAGGCUGUUUAUGUUUGCGUUUUAAUUAAUUCAGAUUAACGUCAGAUUAGCCUUAUAUAUAACUAUGUAUUGUUAAAGUUAUUCAAGUAAAUUGGUUGUACACAAUGAUUCUUAGUCUUUGUAUGAAACUAAAUAAGUCAUUCGCCAAAAUUUAUUAUCAACGUAAGUGAUUUUAAAUUACUAAUUCUUUUAAUACCAAAAACGAUACUUAGAACAAAGUGCAAUAUAGUUUUGGUCGUUUAUAAUCCGACCUUGCUUGUAUAUACCUUAACGUAACAGAAUUAUAAUAAACAAGUUUUUGUUACAUUCCUAUUGAGACAUGUCUGUUUACUGAAGAUUAAUGUAGUUGUAUUGAAUUAUUUAUUUUUUUCUUCUUUUCCUUGUUAAAUUAAAAAAUGAUGAUAAUGGGUUCUUUUCAUUAUUACCUUAUUUGAUCAAGUGGCGAAGAUGUACACAAAUAAAUGUGUAAUAUUUAUAUAUCGUUAUGAAUAUCGAUUCCUUGUCUGAUAAUCAAAUCCAUUAUGAGAUAUUGCUAAGUUUUUGUUUGUCUACCUUUUGAACGAAAAUGAAAAGUAAAUGAUCCUAUCACUGAGUAUAGGAACGUCAAUAAUUUUACAUUCUUUAUAAUUGGUACUUAGAGCAAAGUGCAAUCAAUGUUUGUCGUUUAUAUUUUGAGAGUAGACCUUCGCUUUACAGAAUGAUAUUAAAGAUGUUAUUGGCUGUGUUAGGUACAUUUGUACCACUAUUUCUGAUGGUAUGGUGUACGCUUAACACUGAACCGAACAAAGCUAUUGCUGAAGAUGAACAAACUCAGAUGAUUGUCAUAGAGAUUGUCUGUAUUCUUUGAUUGUAUUUCAAACGAGUAUAUGAUUUUUUUCGUUUUUAUUAAAAUUAUGAUAAUUA